CCCAGGAACAUGCAUUCACUAUAUCUGGUCUCCCUCAGACCCUGCAUUCACUAUAUCUGGUCUCCCACAGACCCUGCAUUCACUAUAUCUGGUCUCCCACAGUACACACAACAUAGAAAUGCAAUUAUUUUAGUAAAUAUAAACUGCUAAAUACCUUUUCUCACCAGCAGUUAGAGCGGUCUGUGACUUCUAUCAGUGUCCAGCAGAGCACUCGUUACAGCUUGUAGGUGGAGUUUUCAUUUUGCUCUAG